CAUCUGUUGCAUUCCAGCCUGCUUGUACCGCGGACGGGUAAAACUCGAGUGUGUGGUAUCUCACCCUCGCUCUUUGCCUCCCGCCUACACCCCUCCUUUUCCUUCCCCAUCUUCCCUCCUCACGCCCGAUCCCCACUCUUUUCCUUCGAGUGCCAUCCCUUCCCUCUCGGUCCUGAUACUUCCAAGUGCUUCCAUUCCAUCAGCAUUCACCUUUGCUUCUCUGCGUAUCGAGUUGCCACCCCCACCCCCCACUACGACAAACUUGAGAGCACAAUUGUCUCCUUUGCUGAUACGCUGAAUUCCAAAUCAACCCUUCAAAAUGCGUCUCACCGUAUCGUUCAUCUCAACCUCUCAAAUCAUACAGCUCGAUGUUCCAUCCGAUAUGUCAACUGUGGAUUUUAAGGCGCUGAUUGCUGCAGAGAUCCCCGCUGUCUCUUCCGUGGCCCAGCAUCUCUAUCACAAUGGUCGGCUCCUCGCUGACUCUGCCAAAACUCUUGGAGAAUACGGGGUUGCCGAGGGGGAUAUGAUAGUCUUGCAUACGCGGGGUAGUAGCAGCAGCAGCGGUUCUCCCGGAGCCGCAUCUGGUCAACAGCAGCAACAGGCUGGGGCAAUAAGGCGCCAAUCCGGCAUGGACUCCGAGAUGAUUCGUUUGCAGGUUCUAGGGGACCCGAGGUUGAUGAAUGAGCUCAGGAACUCCCAGCCGGAGCUGGCCGCGGCAGCCAAUGACCCAGAGAAGUUCGGAGAGGUCUUCCAAUUAAUGGAGCGACAAAGGGCCGAAGCUGAGAAGCAGAAGCAACGGGAAAUUCAAAUGUUGAACGACGAUCCAUUUAACAUAGACGCACAGAGGAAGAUCGAGGAACUAAUUAGGCAAGAGGCUGUUAUGGAGAAUCUACAAAAUGCACUAGAGCAUAAUCCUGAAGCUUUUGGUCGUGUAACAAUGUUGUACAUCCCGGUUGAAGUAAACGGGACCAAAGUGAAAGCAUUCGUCGAUUCUGGAGCGCAAGAAACGAUCAUGUCACCUUCGUGUGCCGAGACUUGCGGCAUCAUGCGACUGGUCGACUCUCGGUUUGCGGGUAUUGCUAGGGGUGUUGGGACAGCUAAAAUCUUGGGCCGUGUUCACUGGGCUCAGAUCAAGAUCGGGAGUCUGUUCCUGGUCUGUUCGUUCACAGUCAUGGAAGGCAAGGGUGUGGGCUUGCUUUUAGGGCUUGAUAUGCUCAAGAGGCAUCAAGCUGUUCUUGACUUUAAGAAGGGUUGCCUAGUUAUUCAAGAUGAAGAGGUUCAAUUUCUGGGGGAAAGCGAGAUUCCUAAGCACGACGACGACCGCGGAUUGGAGGACGAGCCGACUGCUGAAGGUUCUGAUGGAUCGAAAGUUGGAGGUAGAACUGGAGCCUCAAUCGAACCGUCUAUCACGUCUACGUCGGCUGGAUUUGGGCCUCCAUCAGGAGAUAGCAGCGGAGCAGCGCCCGAGCAACUGGAGUCUCAACACUCCGCAGAAGCCAUAAGCCAGUUGGAGGGACUGGGGUUUUCUAGGAGCCAAGCCUUGGCAGCUUUGAAUGCUACUGGCGGAGAUAUAGAUAUGGCAGCUAGUUUGCUCUUCCAAUGAUCUUGGGCUCCAAAACCUGGAGUAGCUUUAGCCUACUUGAUAAUGGCUUUCUUCCUAUCUUCUAUUUCCUUUCUGCUCGAUUUAUUAUAUUGUUUGGGGGAGUGGUGGUGGGUGUUCAAUAGAGGAUAAUCCAGCGACUAUUUGGGGGAUCUUAAUUGAUGGAGUGAUAGGGGUAGAUCAGCUAUAUUUAAUGCCCGAAACGACCGAAAAAGUUCCCUAGCCGCUUUCCAGCGGUUCGUGAAAAGUCAUCCAAAUUUUGCUGA